GUUUUGGCGCUGUUGAGGCGAUUUUUCCUCUACCACGACUUGGACGACGAUUGUGCGGGGUGGGGGUCGACGUAUACCACCAGGACUCGGCUUCAUACCCUCACUGACGAUUUUCUAGACUUACUGACCAGAACGCAUAUCGAUAUAUCCUAGAUCGGCGUCGACUCCGACGAACUGCAACGACAUGGCUUCCGAAGACGAAGCACCCGCAGAGACCACGGUGCCUCAACCUCACCCAUAUCUUCAUGAUCCAUUGCUCUAUAUUUCAGGCAUACCGCCACAUGUUCAAGAUGACCAGGUCGCUGCUGCGUUUACCCAUUGCGCGCCGUUCAGGCCGAACAUCUCGCGUGAGGACACCACGGUUCCACUGUCGGGUACGAUCGAGUUUAAGUACCUCGAGAAAGGUGACCGAGAAAGCGCUUGCAACGUUGCAGUCGCGCCCUAUACCAGGCGUGCUGCCUCCCGUUCACCUCGUGUUAUCGCCGUACCCAUCCACAACUCCACCCACACCGCUCCCUCCACCAUCUGCCCAAGCCCGACUCGUCAAGCACCUCCCACCGGGUUUCACAGACUCGCAACUCUACGAUCUCUUCCGUCCUUUUGGCGCUUUACAUUCCGUUCGAGCUCAAUCGCCGUACGGACAGAACACAGGCAUAGUAGAAUAUUGGAGAGAAGAAGACGCACGAGUUGCUGAAGAGGCCAUGCAUUGUGCUGAAGUCGAAGGUCAGAAUAUUGCAGUCCAGAUCUGGCACGCGAAGAGAGCUGGCGCAACGAUGACUGAUUUCAAUGCGGCUGCACCUGCCUUUGUUCCUACGGGAUCGAUUUAUCCUUACCCAACUCAGUACUCGCCACCACGAUCUACCCCUUACCAGGCCACGCCGAGAUCUCCGCUCUUUGUGCAUGGUCCCGGCCAGCAGGUGCAACUUGCUCCCUUGUCGGGUCCUGGGUCUACAAGCCAUAGUGGGUUGAUCGAUCCGUGCAAUCUCUUCAUCAAAAACCUCGAUACAUCGAUUGAUUCUAAUGGGCUCUUCACACACUUCCGUCAAUUUGGUUCAAUCGUCAGUGCAAGGGUCAUGAGAAACGAAAAUGGCGAAAGUCGGGGAUUCGGUUUUGUCUCCUACCAAAUGCCCGAUCAAGCGGCUGCUGCGUUGCACGGCAUGAAUGGCGUCCAAAUUGGCACUAAGCAGCUCGUUGUGCGUCUGCACGAGCCUAAGCAACUUAGACAGGAGAAACUCGCUGCACGAUUUGGUGGGCACAACGGGCACCCACGUAGCAGCAGUGGGGCCACGAGUCCAACUGCUAGCGAGGCUGGAGAGAGCUAUGGUGGAUGGUCCAGCCCGAACCAGAGGCCUCAAGUGCUGGGGUCGCCAAUCAUGGGUCAUGGACAUGGAAUCGAUAGACCUGAUAGGGCUCGGCGGAGCUCCGGAAGUUACUAUCAUGCUGCCUUACAAGGAACAUUGAACCUCCCAAUGCGCUAUGACGAUCUCUCAGCGCUCUCUCCUGUUGUUCGCAAGGAAGUGCUCUCCGGUGAACUGAGUCGCCGUAUCAAAGCUAUGAACGCCGUACCCACGGAUGAGCUUGAUACAGUGGUAGACGCCAUUGUUGCUUUAUCUUUGAGCGAUGUCGUGCAAGGCAUUCAAGAUCCCGCCAAGUUGACCGAGCAGAUCCAAGCCGCGAGGAACACUCUUCACCUUUCGAAGGUGUCAACUCCGGCAAAGUCGAAAUCGCCUUCGCCUUCACCUGCUGCUUCUCAGGAUUCGAACUCACUUGAUGUUACUGCACCGAACGCUACUGCAUCCGCUCCCGACCAUCCGUCGACCCCGUUGUCGAUGCCGGCCACGCUGUCAACUCCACCGAGAACGGAAUCCCCUGCUGGAUCUGUUGCACCGACGUCGGAAAGAGAUCGCAUGGCCGCUGCCGUAGGCAGACUGGAGUCGUCUCGCGGCGCAGAGCUUACGGACCUCUUGAUGAGCUUGCCUAAGCGUGAAAGAGCCAUGUGUUUGUUCAACGUUGAAGUUUUGAGAGCAAAGAUCGCCGAUGCCAAGCUGGUAUUAGAGGUGGAGGAGGAAGAGGGAGCUCAGAGUGAAGUCAUAAAUCCCGUUCCUCAGACCCCGGUUGCGAGGAAGGUCUCCACGUCGUACGACGCUUCGCCGAAGACUCCUGAUUUGAGCUCGCGUGGGCCCUCGGCGACGGCUUCACCUGCUCCCGCUACUCCGAGUGCACCUAUAUCCGCUGCCCCGUCGACUAAUACGGUGCAUACCAUUGCCUCUUUAGCUCGGCUGCCAGCGUCCGAGAUUGUCAGGCUUGCGAACUCCUCUUCAGCUACUGGUUUGCCAUUGCCUAAGGCCGACCCUCUAGUGGUCAAGGCCACUGAUGACUUCAUCGAUAGUCUGAUGGAUAAGCCAUCUCAGCAACAAAAACAACAACUCGGUGAUAAGUUGUGGCGUGUUGUGAAAGCGUUUGGAAUCAAGGGUGCCGUGAGUAUCGUCUUUGUCUCUGGUUUCAGGGUCGUGGUUCUUUCGGAACCGCGGUCGAGGCACAAGGUAGAGAUACAUUCUAACGAUGAACUUUGUUAUAUUCAGCCCAAGAUCACUAUUGCCCUUCUGGAUCAAGACGAACUUCGACCCCUCGCCCAUUUGAUGAAUAGUUACCCCUCUGUCUUGAAGGAAAAGGCACUUCUCGUACAAGCUGCCCAAAGCAAAUAAUGUCACGCAACGCCCAACGACUCGAAUACGCCAACGUCUCCAUUCCUCGUUUCUUGCUACCUACGAUGCCCCUCGACGUGACGUGAUGCACACUACGACUGACGCGCUUUGCUUUGAUCUCCUAUUCCCAAGUUCUUCUUUCAGACAUCAAGUUAACCUUUCGCCCCAUAUCGCCGACGACAGAUCGCACAGUCUCACGGAUAACGGAAUUCUCUCUACAUCCCUAAUACCCCGGGUCCCGAAGACCGUAAUCGCACAGUCACAUACUGUUUCUUUCUGUCGAUUGUUUCCCAAGCCGUCCCCCGCUUUUUUUGCGUACAUAGUAGGUUUAAUGAAGGUGGUCUACACUGCAGUAGCCUCCGCUGCUUCCAUAUCCCAAUCGUUUAUUCUCUCAAGUAUCACUCCCUGUCUGAAUUUCAUUCACCCAUCCCCUCUCCACAUUUUCCUCCGAACAUCGCUACCUGCAUUCCCUCGCGUUCAUUGUUGUCUUUGCCGUUGGAUCGGCAUCUCUCAUAGUUCGUCAACGGCUCCGACGACCAAUUGCUCUUCUUACGACCUUUCAUGAUGAUGAUUUCCUUCUUGGUUUGGUUCUUCCUGUGCAAUUCCUUUUUUCCUUUGACAUUUGCUGUGCUUAUCCUCUGUCUGUCGAUCUGACAUCCCAAUUGUGCUCUUGAGUAGGUUGCCAUAGCUUUCCACUGAGUUGCUACAAAUGUAUGUAAGUAGUUUAUCAAGCCCCAACCACUCAGCAUAUUCCCCUAUAUUUGGAGGACACUAAAACAUGUGCAAUUCCGAUACGC